AAUUUGAUAUCGGUUUCAGGAACUCUAAUCCGAAGCAAAGAUGCCGGCAGAAGCCACCGUGAAAGCGCCCAAGAAAGGCUCCAAGAAAGCUGUGACUAAGACCGCAGCCAAGGGCGGCAAGAAGAGGAGAAAGAGCAGGAAGGAGAGCUACGCCAUCUACGUGUACAAGGUGCUGAAACAGGUCCACCCCGACACCGGCAUCUCUUCCAAGGCUAUGGGCAUCAUGAACUCGUUUGUGAGCGACAUCUUUGAGCGCAUCGCCGGUGAGGCCUCCCGUCUGGCUCACUACAACAAGCGCUCCACCAUCACUUCCAGGGAGAUUCAGACCGCCGUGAGGCUGCUGCUGCCUGGGGAGCUGGCCAAGCACGCCGUGUCUGAGGGCACCAAGGCUGUCACCAAGUACACCAGCUCUAAGUAAACCAUCCCGCUGCUGUAACCUACUGAACUAAACCAACGGCUCUUUUAAGAGCCACACACUUCUUCUUAGAGAGCAAAGUUUCGUUGUCAUGUGUUCAUCGUUUUAAAUUUCUAUGAUUGUUUGAUUUCAGACUUGCACUAUUUGGAAUUUUUAUUUAAAUAUUAAGAGUAACAUUUUUCAUAAUUGUCUUCCACGUAUACAUUACUAUCUUUAUACUUGUUUUUACUUGCCUUGUUUCACUGGGUCAGAGUAAUGUGAUUUUUAGUUGUCGGCACAUAUUGAAGAAUUUACACUCAAGUUGACCUGCCAAUAAAGAAAAUCCCCUUGUAAUCU